GGAGGGAUUUCAAAUUACGGUCGCAGUCAAAUCGUCGCGGCGGCGUUUUUUUUUUUUUUUUCUUCUCUCCCGAUUUCUUCCUCUCUUUUCGUAGGAUUCUUCCGUGGCGCAACCUGGUCUCUUCGAAUUGGACGAUUUAGGGUUUUAGAUUUCGGAUCUUUGUGGCUGUGAUUGGGAAGACCAUGUCGGCAUCCACGGUCUCUAUCACGGCGAACCCAGCUGCUCGGCGGAGGCCUGUCUUGGCUAACGAGAAGAAAUCCAACAUCGAAAUGGUGCCCGCCGAACCCACUCUUAGUGGCGCUAUUGUUGGCGCCGAUAAGGCAACUGCCGGCCAAAGUAAAGAUCUGAGCCAUCACUCCAUUCGCGGCGAGGCAACUAGGGAUUUGCUUCAGGCCAAGAAGCCGGCGCUGGCCCACAACUCGACGGUUUCUCCGCGGCGGACACGUAAAGCGUCGUCGAAAACGGAAAAGCCGCGCUGGCUGACGGUGCUGAGCAUUUUUACCAAGAAUUUGGUGCUUUUGUUGGUAAUGGCGGGAUUGGUUCAGAUGAUUUGGAGACUGGUUCUGAGAUCUGGGGAAUCAAGUAUGCUUGGGACAAAUAUGGGAUUAUCAGAGAUAGAGAGCAGGAUUGCUGAAGUCGAAAGUUUUGUGAAGACCACCGCCAAGAUGAUUCAAGUUCAGGUAGAUGUUGUUGAUAGGAGGAUUGAUAGCGAGGUGGGUGGAUUAAGGCGGGAUUUAAACAACAAGAUAGAGGACCAACGUAGUAUUUUACAAAAUGCACUAGAGAACUUGCAGGAUAAGAGUAAGGAGUUGGAAAAUUUCAUGAAUGAAUUGAAGAACGUGAAUUGGCUGACAAAGGAAGAGUUUGAGAGGAUAUAUGAAGAGCUGAAGAAUAGCAAGGGUGAGAGUGGGGAAAAUGAAAAUAAUUUGAGCUUGGAUGGUAUGAAAGCAUAUGCAAGGGAGAUCCUUGAAAAGGAGAUUGAGAAACAUGCUGCUGAUGGGCUUGGAAGGGUAGACUAUGCCCUGGCUUCAGGAGGGGCUAUGGUUGUCAGUCAUUCGGAGCCAUAUUUGGCUGGAAAGAGAAGUAACUGGUUUUUGAUUGGUAGCAGAAAUGUAGUUCGUGAUGAUGCUAAUAAGAUGUUGAAACCAAGUUUUGGGGAGCCAGGGCAGUGUUUUCCCCUGAAAGGAAGCAGCGGGUUUGUUCAGAUUAAGCUUCGAACUACUAUAAUUCCGGAGGCUGUUACUUUGGAACAUGUUGCCAAGAGUGUUGCUUACGACAGAUCAAGUGCUCCUAAAUAUUGCCGUGUCUCUGGUUGGCUGCAAGGACAUGAAGAUACAGCAGUUGAUGCAAGAAAGAUGUAUCUUUUGGCAGAGUUCACAUAUGACCUAGAGAAGAGCAAUGCACAGACUUUCAAUGUGCUCAGUUCUGCAGAUACAGGUGUUAUUGACACGGUCAGGUUGGAUUUCACAUCGAACCAUGGAAGCCCUACACAUACCUGUAUCUACCGCUUCAGGGUGCAUGGUUAUGAACCAGGUUCUGUUUCAAUGAUGACAAUGCAGCGCUGAAGAAAAUAUGGAAGCUGGGAUCCCUCUUGUAAUUGCCCUUUUUUUUGGCCUUCUUAAUCAUUGUUUAGAUCCUUGCCACGACUUUCUACUUGGUAGAUGCUGUUCUGAUCUUCUUCAUUAUGUAUGAAAUGAAUAUGUAUCUAAUGUUUUGACAAGGUAUGCUGAUUGAAUCGAGUCACACGAGCUGUAUGAACUCCUUGUUGAAGAAGAUCAAUGUGUCCUAGUCAAAGUUCAAAGGGACCGGGGGAGCUAGGAUUCUCCAUCUCCAAUUGUCAGCAGUGUCCCCAUUUGUUUGACAUUGGAUUCAUUAAAACUGGGUGGGACUUGGGGGCACCAAACUCCGUUGAGAAAUGGAGGAGACUGCCUCUGGAAUCCCAACCAAAUCCAAAACAUCAUGUCUUUAGAGACACGUAGAAAGCAACCUAAAGUUCCUCUUUAUUGGGAAAUUCUGUACUUGUCCAGAAAGGCAGGAACCGACAUCCACUGUAAACCGGGAGAAUGCCUCCUUUUCUGCUGUUUGACCGGUUUGAUUAAUCUGUAAUCUUUUGCUUCCAAUUUGACUAAUAAUAAAGCUGGAGCUAUAAG